CGUCGUAGGCUCCAUCUACUCUCUACGGGAUCCCCAGUUUUUCAUUCCUGACGUUCUUUUGCAACAGAGAUCCCCGUAGAACAACACACAUUCCCUAAAUUGUAUCUCUUCGCAUACGUCCUGCGGUCCGGAAGGCAACGCUGUUCUGUACCUCAUUGGACCUCGUUUACGGCGUCUGGUGUUGUCAAAAUUAUUGUCCGCCGGAUACACCCUAGUGUCGCUGUCAAUACCUUGUGGUCGUCCUGUAUUUAGGUAAGGUUUGAGCGUGACAUACUCCAGCGACCAGCAUCGAAGAUGCAAUUCAUGCUCCUCUUCAGUCGUCAGGGGAAACUCCGACUUCAGAAAUGGUACACCGCUCACCCGGACAAGACGAAAAAGAAAAUAACUAGGGAGUUGGUCACGACGAUUUUGACUCGGAAACCAAAAAUGUGCUCGUUUUUGGAAUGGAGGGAUCUGAAGGUCGUCUACAAGAGGUAUGCGUCUCUCUACUUCUGCUGCGCGAUAGAGCAGACAGACAAUGAGCUCCUGACGUUGGAGAUCAUUCAUCGUUACGUCGAACUUCUGGACAAAUAUUUUGGCAGCGUCUGUGAGCUUGACAUAAUAUUUAAUUUCGAGAAAGCUUACUUCAUCCUCGAUGAACUACUCCUCGGAGGCGAAGUACAAGAAACGUCGAAGAAGACGGUGUUGAAAGCAAUAGCGGCGCAAGAUCUGUUACAAGAGGACGAACAAGUGGAACAAGGUAUCCAGGACUAG